UUCAGCGGAUCAAGGAUUUACCCCGCGUACAGUACACUCGAGGAUUCCAAUUACGGCCGUACAGUGCAUGACUAUCUAUUUGUUUUUGGUGAUAGAAGUUUUACCUCCUUUUUUUAUUUUUUUGUCUCCCCAUUUCCCUCAUGAAGGAGACGGGCCGAUGGACGUUGAAGACGCGUUGGAGACAGGUGGUUUGAACUAGGCAGGACGAUCAGCCAUGCUAGGUAUCACAGUGACCUAUGUAGAGUUUAGUGGCAAAUGUUCAUUGCACCAGAACAAACGGGCAUGGGCUUGUUGUCGCCGCCAUGAGUGGUGCUCGGCCAGAGCAUCCAAAUGCGCUGGCAUCCCGAUUGGGAAAUGUUUGAUUCGCCCAGAUCAUCGCUCGGCUGCUAACGUGAAUAGCUCAUAUGCACCACCGUGGGCUCCUUUUCUGUCUCUGGCAUGGCAUGCAGCUAAUCGAUUUGCCCUGCCAGUUGUCAUGGUCCCAGCUAAUGCUGCAUGUCACGCACUCAUUGGAAGGGAGUGGGUGAGCGGCCCAUCCUCGGGCUUUCAUUUAAGAUGCGUGACAACCCCAAACAUGCAGUAUUCAGACUAAGUAGAUACUCUGCUAUUUUUCCCCCUUUUGCCAG